UAUCUCCCCUGUGUAUCAUAAUGGUAUCCUCAUUCUGCAAGCUCCCCGUGUAUCUCGUGAGAAGCCAUGGAGCACGUGCUGCACGCGCAUGACGUCAUAUGUGACCUUAUCAGCGUCUAGUGUGUGGGACAAGGAUACUGCUGAGAUCGAUCAGUCUGAGUUUGUGAUGAAUCCAACUGACCAUCGUGUGAGAGCGCCCUCUAGCGGUAGGAUGAGAAUCCUUUACGCCGGAAGACAAGCACGCCGAAAUCCAGCUUAUGCUAUUGGUGUCUUCGUCCUGCUUGUCUUUGCGAUGAUGGAGAACCACCUGCACAGCGAGUCCUAUUCUGAAACCGACACCUCCGAAGUGAGGGUUCUCAGCGUCAGGGAUUCCCCAGGCCGACACCUGAAACACGAGGGGAUGCACCCGGCUCGUGACGUCAGAAUACCAAGUCUCGGAAAAUCUCGGCCUCGUCGUUCAGCAGUGAAAGCACCCCGAAAAAGAGGAAAUACAACUGUAUCAAACAGUCUCCAUGGCAACAACCUGAAUCACAGAAGACACAAUUGGCAGGAAAAGCCAAUUUUAACGAUCAGGUUUGACGGUCGCCUUGGCAACCAAAUGUUUGAAUACGCUGCAGUUUAUGCAAUAGCUCGCAAGAAAAAAAUGAAAAUAUUUCUGACGAGGAAUCACCAGUUGAAUAGAAUAUUCCACAUUGACGAGUCGGUGAUUGUAAGAAAACCUUGCGGCAGCUUCACCAACGUCAACACACCAUGCUGUGGUUACUACCCCACUGCGCUGGACAGAAUACGGAACAAUACUUGUCAGCGUGUGUUCGGCUAUUUUCAAUCAUGGAGGUAUUUUGAACCGCUGCUUAGAAACAUCAGACGUCAGUUCACUUUCAAACACAAAAUCGUCCAGACGGCUGAUGCCAAACUGUGGUCAAUAGUUAAAAGACACAAGAACUACCCCUUCAAACACGCCACACGUGGACGUUGUGUGCUCACGCAUGCGCAGUCUAAAACAGGCUCGUGUACAUUUAUUGCCCUCCAUGUGAGGAGAGGUGACCUCAUGCUGCCAAUCCGCGUCAAACAGGGCCGACGUGCCGCUCCCAAACAAUUCUACCUCCGCGCCAUGGACUAUUUUCGGCGUCUUUAUCACAAUGUAUUGUUCAUUAUCGGAAGCGAUUCGCAGCAGUGGGCCGUGGAGAACUUUGCUGGACCGGAUGUGAUUGUGUUGAAAGACAUGUUACCGGAAGUGGACAUGUGUAUUCUGAGCCGAUGUAACCACACCAUCAUGAGCGUGGGAACAUUCGGCUGGUGGGUUGGGUUUUUAGGGAGGGGUAAAACGGUGUACUACGACCAACCCUUCAAAAAUCACAGCGAGACCUCGGCUUUGUACUCAAAAUACGAGAAGGACUUCAUCCGACCAGGAUGGAUUGGGAUGAGCUAGCCUUAGAGUUGUCUCCCUUAUGUGGUGGUGGAUGCUAAGCGUUGAUUGUUUCUUCACUGAAGUCGAUGUGGUGGCAGCGUGGAGAGUACCGAGGUCUCGUGAUCUAGUUGAUGAAGCGUCUCAUGGUCUAGUUGAUGAAGCGUCUCAUGGUCUAGUUGAUGAAGCGUCUCAUGGUCUAGUUGAUGUAGCGUCUCGUGUCAUCAAGAGCCCUUUGAAGAUCGAUGGCCGCGGUCAGUGACUGCUCCACUUUGACGUGAACGUGUAUAAACAAGAAGCAUUUUGGUAAAAAUAAAAAUACUGUCGUCGUCAA